GAAAUGCGUAAAUACGCACACGUCGAAGCCAGCCGCAUCACAUUGUGGUCCACAGCUGGCAAGAUGCGCUUCUUCCUGCUGUUCGCUGUUGUCAUUGGCUUCGCCUGCGGCGCAGCGGUGCCCAAGGCGCCCAAGCAUGAGACAGUCCAGCGAUUCCCGGCCCCACGAUCCAGCCGCAACCUCCAAGAUGACCUGAACGACUUCCUGGCCCUCAUCCCCGUCGACGAAAUCGUCAACAUCGUCCUCAACUACGUCGCCAACGAUGCUGAGGUGCAGGCCGCCCUCCAGUACCUCAUGUCUGACGAGUUCGAGAGCAUCGUCGUCUACGUCGACCAGCAGCCCGAGCUGUACGAUCUGCUCAACUUCCUCGAGUCCUCUGGCCUUGACCCCUACGGCUUCCUCAACACGAUCCACGACUUCCUGGGCAUUCCUCAGAUUACGAAACCCGCCAGCAGAAUGAGGAGGAGCAGCAGGAGCCUCAAGUCCAUGCUUGAUGAGAUCCUCGCCAUCCUCCCAGUCGACGAGCUGAAGGCUCUCUACAACGAUAAGCUGGAGACCAGCGCCGACUUUGCUGAACUCAUCAACAGGCUCAGCUCGGACGAGUUCCACCAACUGGUGUUGCGCGUUUUGGAGCUGGACGCUGUGCAGGAGUUGAUCCAGAUGCUGAGGGACGCCGGUAUCGAUGUGGACGCCAUCAUGGAUUUCAUCCGCAAUCUCUUCGGCUGGUCUGACUCCGGCUCCUUGAAACUGAAGAAAUUAGGAGAUGUGAAGAUGAUCCAGCGUUUCCCACCAAAAAAAUCCAGCCGCAACCUCCAAGAUGACCUGAAUGACUUCCUGGCCCUCAUCCCCGUCGACGAAAUCGUCAACAUCGUCCUCACCUACGUCGCCAACGACGCUGAGGUGCAGGCCGCCCUCCAGUACCUCAUGUCUGACGAGUUCGAGAGCAUCGUCGUCUACGUCGACCAGCAGCCCGAGCUCUACGAUCUGCUCAACUUCCUCGAGUCCUCAGGCCUUGACCCCUACGGCUUCCUCAACACGAUCCACGACUUCCUGGGCAUUCCUCAGAUUACGAAACCCGCCAGCCGAAUGAGGAGGAGCAGCAGGAGCCUCAAGUCCAUGCUCGAUGAGAUCCUCGCCAUCCUCCCAGUCGACGAGCUGAAGGCUCUCUACAACGAUAAGCUGGAGACCAGCGCCGACUUUGCUGAACUCAUCAACAGGCUCAGCUCGGACGAGUUCCACCAACUGGUGUUGCGCGUUUUGGAGCUGGAUGCUGUCCAGGAAUUGAUCCAGAUGCUCAGGGACGCCGGUAUCGAUGUGGACGCCAUCAUGGACUUCAUCCGCAAUCUCUUCGGCUGGUCUGACUCCGGCUCCUUGAAACUGAAGCCAUUCCAUGGUGCAAGGAUGAUCCAGCGUUUCCCAGCAAAAAAAUCCAGCCGCAACCUCCAAGAUGACCUGAACGACUUCCUGGCCCUCAUCCCCGUCGACGAAAUCGUCAACAUCGUCCUCAACUAUGUCGCCAACGAUGCUGAGGUGCAGGCCGCCCUCCAGUACCUCAUGUCUGACGAGUUCGAGAGCAUCGUCGUCUACGUCGACCAGCAGCCCGAGCUGUACGAUCUGCUCAACUUCCUCGAGUCCUCAGGCCUUGACCCCUACGGCUUCCUCAACACCAUCCACGACUUCCUGGGCAUUCCUCAGAUUACGAAACCCGCCAGCAGAAUGAGGAGGAGCAGCAGGAGCCUCAAGUCCAUGCUUGAUGAGAUCCUCGCCAUCCUCCCAGUCGACGAGCUGAAGGCUCUCUACAACGAUAAGCUGGAGACCAGCGCCGACUUUGCUGAACUCAUCAACAGGCUCAGCUCGGACGAGUUCCACCAACUGGUGUUGCGCGUUUUGGAGCUGGACGCUGUGCAGGAGUUGAUCCAGAUGCUGAGGGACGCCGGUAUCGAUGUCGACGCCAUCAUGGACUUCAUCCGCAAUCUCUUCGGCUGGUCUGACUCAAGCUCCUUGAAACUGAAGCCUAUCCGAGGUGCAAAGAUGAUCCAACGUUUCCCAGCAAAAAAAUCCAACCGCAACCUGCAAGAUGACCUGAACGACUUCCUGGCCCUCAUCCCUGUCGACGAAAUCGUCAACAUCGUCCUCAACUAUGUCGCCAACGACGCUGAGGUGCAGGCCGCCCUCCAGUACCUCAUGUCUGACGAGUUCGAGAGCAUCGUCGUCUACGUCGACCAGCAGCCCGAGCUGUACGAUCUGCUCAACUUCCUCGAGUCCUCAGGCCUUGACCCCUACGGCUUCCUCAACACGAUCCACGACUUCCUGGGCAUUCCUCAGAUUACGAAACCCGCCAGCAGAAUGAGGAGGAGCAGCAGGAGCCUCAAGUCCAUGCUCGAUGAGAUCCUCGCCAUCCUCCCAGUCGACGAGCUGAAGGCUCUCUACAACGAUAAGCUGGAGACCAGCGCCGACUUUGCUGAACUCAUCAACAGGCUCAGUUCCGACGAAUUCCACCAACUGGUGUUGCGCGUUCUGGAGCUGGACGCUGUGCAGGAGUUGAUCCAGAUGCUGAGGGACGCCGGUAUCGAUGUCGACGCCAUCAUGGACUUCAUCCGCAAUCUCUUCGUCGGCGGCAUCGCACUGCAGUCUCCAGUUGGAAAGAUGCGCUCCUUCCUGCUGUUCGCUGCCGUUGUGGGGCUCGCCUGCGGCGCUGCGGUGCCCAAAGGCCUACAUCAAGAGAAACACCACCGUUUCUCUGCAUCACGAUCCAGCCGCAACCUCCAAGAUGACCUGAACGACUUCCUGGCCCUCAUCCCCGUCGACGAAAUCGUCAACAUCGUCCUCACCUACGUCGCCAACGACGCUGAGGUGCAGGCCGCCCUCCAGUACCUCAUGUCUGACGAGUUCGAGAGCAUCGUCGUCUACAUUGACCAGCAGCCCGAGCUCUACGAUUUGCUGAACUUCCUCGAGGACUCGGGCCUUGACCCCUACAGCUUCCUCAACAUGAUCCACGACUUCCUGGGCAUUCCUCAGAUUACGAAACCCGCCAGCAGAAUGAGGAGGAACAGCAGGAGCCUCAAGUCCAUGCUCGAUGAGAUCCUCGCCAUCCUCCCAGUCGACGAGCUGAAGGCUCUCUACAACGAGAAGCUGGAGACCAGCGCCGACUUUGCUGAACUCAUCAACAGGCUCAGCUCGGACGAGUUCCACCAACUGGUGCUGCGCGUGGGAGAGCUGGAGGCCGUGCAGAACAUGAUCCAGAUGCUCAGGGACGCCGGUAUCGACGUGGACGCCAUCGCCGACUUCUUCAGGAGGAUCUUCGGCUGGGCCUCAAAAGAAACAGCCUCCACCACAUUCAAGAUGAUCCAGCGGUUCCCAGCGAAAAAAUCCAGCCGCAACCUCCAAGAUGACCUGAACGACUUCCUGGCCCUCAUCCCCGUCGACGAAAUCGUCAACAUUGUCCUCAACUACGUCGCCAACGAUGCUGAGGUGCAGGCCGCCCUCCAGUACCUCAUGUCUGACGAGUUCGAGAGCAUCGUCGUCUACGUCGACCAGCAGCCCGAGCUGUACGAUUUGCUGAACUUCCUCGAGGACUCGGGCCUUGACCCCUACAGCUUCCUCAACAUGAUCCACGACUUCCUGGGCAUUCCUCAGAUUACGAAACCCGCCAGCAGAAUGAGGAGGAGCAGCAGGAGCCUCAAGUCCAUGCUUGAUGAGAUCCUCGCCAUCCUCCCAGUCGACGAGCUGAAGGCUCUCUACAACGAGAAGCUGGAGACCAGCCCCGACUUUGCUGAACUCAUCAACAGGCUCAGCUCGGACGAGUUCCAUCAACUGGUGCUGCGCGUGGGAGAGCUGGAGGCCGUGCAGAACAUGAUCCAGAUGCUCAGGGAUGCCGGUAUCGACGUGGACGCCAUCGCCGACUUCUUCAGGGGGAUCUUCGGCUGGGCCUCAAAAGAAACACCCUUCACCGCAUUCAAGAUGAUCCAGCGGUUCCCAGCGAAAAAAUCCAGCCGCAACCUCCAAGAUGACCUGAACGACUUCCUAGCCCUCAUCCCCGUCGACGAAAUCGUCAACAUCGUCCUCACCUAUGUCGCCAACGACGCUGAGGUGCAGGCCGCCCUCCAGUACCUCAUGUCUGAUGAGUUCGAGAGCAUCGUCGUCUACAUUGACCAGCAGGCCGAGCUGUACGAUUUGCUCAACUUCCUCGAGGACUCUGGCCUUGACCCCUAUGGAUUCCUCAACAUGAUCCACGACUUCCUGGGCAUUCCUCAGAUUACGAAACCCGCCAGCCGAAUUAGGAGGAGCAGCAGGAGCCUCAAGUCCAUGCUCGAUGAGAUCCUCGCCAUCCUCCCAGUCGACGAGCUGAAGGCCCUCUACAACGAGAAGCUGGAGACCAGCCCCGACUUUGCUGAACUCAUCAACAGGCUCAGCUCGGACGAGUUCCAUCAACUGGUGUUGCGCGUGGGAGAGCUGGAGGCCGUGCAGAACAUGAUCCAGAUGUUGAGGGACGCCGGUAUCGACGUGGACGCCAUCGCCGACUUCUUCAGGAAGAUCUUCGAUUCUGCGAGUAAAAGGUGCCACCCUAGAAGCAGCGGUAUCGCAGUGCGGUCUACAGUUGGAAAGAUGCGCUUCUUCCUGCUGUUCGCUGCUGUCGUCGGCCUCGCCUGCGGCGCUGCGGUCCACAGGGGCCCAAAAUCUGAAAAAUUUCAACGCUUCCCUACGUCGAAAUCAAGCAGAAACCUUCAAGAUGACCUGAACGACUUCCUGGCCCUCAUCCCCGUCGACGAAAUCGUCAACAUCGUCCUCAACUACGUCGCCAACGAUGCUGAGGUGCAGGCCGCCCUCCAGUACCUCAUGUCUGACGAGUUCGAGAGCAUCGUCGUCUACGUCGACCAGCAGCCCGAGCUGUACGAUCUGCUCAACUUCCUCGAGUCCUCUGGCCUUGACCCCUACGGCUUCCUCAACACGAUCCACGACUUCCUGGGCAUUCCUCAGAUUACGAAACCCGCCAGCCGAAUGAGGAGGAGCAGCAGGAGCCUCAAGUCCAUGCUCGAUGAGAUCCUCGCCAUCCUCCCAGUCGACGAACUGAAGGCUCUCUACAACGAUAAGCUGGAGACCAGCGCCGACUUUGCUGAACUCAUCAACAGGCUCAGCUCGGACGAGUUCCACCAACUGGUGUUGCGCGUUUUGGAGCUGGAUGCUGUCCAGGAAUUGAUCCAGAUGCUCAGGGACGCCGGUAUCGAUGUGGACGCCAUCAUGGACUUCAUCCGCAAUCUCUUCGGCUGGGCUGAUUCCGGCUCCUUGAAACUGAAGCCAUUCCAUGGUGCAAGGAUGAUCCAGCGUUUCCCAGCGAAAAAAUCCAGCCGCAACCUCCAGGAUGACCUGAACGACUUCCUGGCCCUCAUCCCUGUCGACCAAAUCGUCAACAUCGUCCUCAACUAUGUCGCCAACGAUGCUGAGGUGCAGGCCGCCCUCCAGUACCUCAUGUCUGACGAGUUCGAGAGCAUCGUCGUCUACGUCGACCAGCAGCCCGAGCUGUACGAUCUGCUCAACUUCCUGGAGUCCUCAGGCCUUGACCCCUACGGCUUCCUCAACACGAUCCACGACUUCCUGGGCAUUCCUCAGAUUACGAAACCCGCCAGCCGAAUGAGGAGGAGCAGCAGGAGCCUCAAGUCCAUGCUUGAUGAGAUCCUCGCCAUCCUCCCAGUCGACGAGCUGAAGGCUCUCUACAACGAUAAGCUGGAGACCAGCGCCGACUUUGCUGAACUCAUCAACAGGCUCAGCUCGGACGAGUUCCACCAACUGGUGUUGCGCGUUUUGGAGCUGGACGCUGUGCAGGAGUUGAUCCAGAUGCUGAGGGACGCCGGUAUCGAUGUCGACGCCAUCAUGGAUUUCAUCAGGAAUCUCUUCGGCUGGGCUGAUUCCAGCUCCUUGAAACUGAGACCUUACGUCAUAGUCAAGAAGAUCCAGCGCUUCCCAGCAAAAAAAUCCAGCCGCAACCUUCAGGAUGACCUGAACGACUUCCUGGCCCUCAUCCCCGUCGACCAAAUCGUCAACAUCGUCCUCAACUAUGUCGCCAACGAUGCUGAGGUGCAGGCCGCCCUCCAGUACCUCAUGUCUGAUGAGUUCGAGAGCAUCGUCGCCUACGUCGACCAGCAGCCCGAGCUGUACGAUCUGCUCAACUUCCUCGAGUCCUCAGGCCUUGACCCCUACGGCUUCCUCAACACGAUCCACGACUUCCUGGGCAUUCCUCAGAUUACGAAACCCGCCAGCAGAAUGAGGAGGAGCAGCAGGAGCCUCAAGUCCAUGCUUGAUGAGAUCCUCGCCAUCCUCCCAGUCGACGAGCUGAAGGCUCUCUACAACGAGAAGCUGGAGACCAGCGCCGACUUUGCUGAACUCAUCAACAGGCUCAGCUCGGACGAGUUCCACCAACUGGUGCUGCGCGUUCUGGAACUGGACGCUGUGCAGGAGUUGAUCCAGAUGCUGAGGGACGCUGGCAUCGAUGUGGACGCUAUCAUGGAUUUCAUCAGGAAUCUCUUCGGCUGGGCUGAUUCCAGUUCCUUGAAGCUGAGGCCUAUCAUCGCAGUCAAGAAGAUCCAGCGCUUUCCCGCAAAAAAAUCCAGUCGCAACCUGCAGGAUGACCUGAACGACUUCCUGGCCCUCAUCCCCGUCGACGAAAUCGUCAACAUCGUCCUCAACUAUGUCGCCAACGAUGCUGAGGUGCAGGCCGCCCUCCAGUACCUCAUGUCUGACGAGUUCGAGAGCAUCGUCGUCUACGUCGACCAGCAGCCCGAGCUGUACGAUCUGCUCAACUUCCUGGAGUCCUCUGGCCUUGACCCCUACGGCUUCCUCAACACGAUCCACGACUUCCUGGGCAUUCCUCAGAUUACGAAACCCGCCAGCCGAAUGAGGAGGAGCAGCAGGAGCCUCAAGUCCAUGCUCGAUGAGAUCCUCGCCAUCCUCCCAGUCGACGAGCUGAAGGCUCUCUACAACGAUAAGCUGGAGACCAGCGCCGACUUUGCUGAACUCAUCAACAGGCUCAGCUCGGACGAGUUCCACCAACUGGUGCUGCGUGUUCUGGAGCUGGAUGCUGUGCAGGACUUGAUCCAGAAGCUGAGGGACGCCGGUAUCGAUGUGGAUGCCAUCAUGGACUUCUUCAGGAAGAUCUUCGCAGCGACCAAGUCUGCACCGCAGCCGUGUGAGGAAGGAGAGCAUCAGCAAAUCGAUUCGAGCUCAGACACGGCGAAGCGGGAAGUGCCCACUGUUUGUCGUGAUCCACAUGAAACGGACGCGCGCUCCCGCAAGCAGAGGUCACCCAAUCGACGAAUGAAGAGGAGGCUGUCUACAGGAAAUGAUUCUCGAGAUGGUGACAAGUUGCACGAGGAUGAGGAAAAUCCGUCUGCGGCCAGCGCUGUUGACCUCACACCAAAGGUUCCUGGUUUGCUGCUGGCAACGUCCGCCCAAGGACAAAGCCAAGUUGACGAUGCUCAGGUCACCUUCGAGCCCCCUGGCGAUUCUGCGGCUAAGACACCGGAAGAACACCAUGCGUCGCCUAACAUACCACAGCUCCAGCUUGGUGGUUGGCUGUCCGAGAUGGAGAUGGAAAGAAUGAUAUCAGGACCAAAAUCUGAAAAAUUUCAACGCUUCCCUACGUCGAAAUCAAGCAGAAACCUUCAAGAUGACCUGAACGACUUCCUGGCCCUCAUCCCCGUCGACGAAAUCGUCAACAUCGUCCUCAACUACGUCGCAAACGAUGCUGAGGUGCAGGCCGCCCUCCAGUACCUCAUGUCUGACGAGUUCGAGAGCAUCGUCGUCUACGUCGACCAGCAGCCCGAGCUGUACGAUCUGCUCAACUUCCUCGAGUCCUCAGGCCUUGACCCCUACGGAUUCCUCAACAUGAUCCACGACUUCCUGGGCAUUCCUCAGAUCUCAAGACCCGCCAGCAGAAUGAGGAGGAGCAGCAGGAGCCUCAAGUCCAUGCUCGAUGAGAUCCUCGCCAUCCUCCCAGUCGACGAGCUGAAGGCUCUCUACAAUGAUAAGCUGGAGACCAGCGCCGACUUUGCUGAACUCAUCAACAGGCUCAGCUCGGACGAGUUCCACCAACUGGUUCUGCGUGUUUUGGAGCUGGAUGCUAUGCAGAACUUGAUCCAGAUGCUGAGGGACGCCGGUAUCGAUGUGGAUGCCAUCAUGGAUUUCUUCAGAAAUCUCUUCGGUUGGGCUGAUUCCGGCUCUUUGAAACUGAGACCUUACGUCAUAGUCAAGAAGAUCCAGCGCUUCCCUGCAAAAAAAUCCAGCCGCAACCUCCAGGAUGACCUGAACGACUUCCUGGCCCUCAUCCCUGUCGACGAAAUCGUCAACAUCGUCCUCAACUAUGUCGCCAACGAUGCUGAGGUGCAGGCCGCCCUCCAGUACCUUAUGUCGGACGAGUUCGAGAGCAUCGUCGUCUACGUCGACCAGCAGCCCGAGCUGUACGAUCUGCUCAACUUCCUCCAGUCCUCAGGCCUUGACCCCUACGGCUUCCUCAACACCAUCCACGACUUCCUGGGCAUUCCUCAGAUUACGAAACCCGCCAGCCGAUUGAGGAGGAGCAGCAGGAGCCUCAAGUCCAUGCUCGAUGAGAUCCUCGCCAUCCUCCCAGUUGACGAGCUGAAGGCUCUCUACAACGAGAAGCUGGAGACCAGCGCCGACUUUGCUGAACUCAACAACAGGCUCAGUUCCGACGAGUUCCACCAACUGGUUCUGCAUGUUUUGGAGCUGGAUGCUAUGCAGAACUUGAUCCAGAUGCUGAGGGACGCCGGUAUCGAUGUGGAUGCCAUCAUGGACUUCUUCAGGAAUCUCUUUGGUUGGGCUGAUUCUGGCUCUUUGAAACUGAGUAAGAACUUUUUUUAA